AGAGAACAUGUCUCUGCUGAGCCCCGAAGUUGGUCAUGAUCUGGAUGUCAUUCGACCUGUUCUUUUCCAACUCUGGCUUCUUUGCUGGACUCAAUAAUCUGCUUUAUAACACCCUGAAAUAAUUGACAAGGUAUCUAUGUUCUUGAAACCAUUUUUGUCUAAUCCACUUCCAUUGGAGAGGCAAAGUAGGCAAGCCUUGAGAAAUAAUCUUCUGUGCUCACAUGUCCCCGCUAGCAAUCAGGUGACGUUUCGCUCAAGUGCCUUGUAGCAGGGCUCUAAAUCGCCAAGACACUUCAAUCAACAAGGCUCCAUAUCACUGCGCCCAGAUAAUCGCAAGCUCCCAUUCCGUCUGUUAUUGACCAUACAAUUGAUUGAUUGAAUGCACAUGCGACGAUCGUUCCUUUUCCAAUCCUCAUAGCCUUCUUCAACCAAUCCUACUUGCAAGCCACAAACAGCCCGUUCUGCCUUGUUUGCCCCGCACCUUCUCUUUAUCGGAUAGAUCAACGGGGAUCGGGUCAUAUUAGGUCUCGAUAGCAAUCAGCCUAAUGGCGACACAGCCACUUGCAAGACGCCAGUGAGGCAUCAACGCCGGAUUGCGGUAGCACGACCGCUAAGAUGAUAGUGGGAGGCAACCAGGAAGAGGCCUCCACGCUGCGAUCCCCCGCCUGUCAGAUUUAGUUUAAUAGGGCUGAACAGGUCCAAGACUUUGCGUGCAUCAGCAUCAACUUCCAAACAUCGCUUAAUUGAAGGUUAAACAGUCUAUUCACUACCUAAAUGUCGCAACCUCCUUACUGGCAAGGUUCCCAGGGCGGCGCGCCCCCUCAGCCGGGCUAUCCGGGACAGCAGCAGCCUGGCCAGGGCUACUACCAGCCACCUCCAGGCCAACAACCGCCUUACGGCUACCAGCAGCAAGGCCCACCUGGAGGACAGCCAAAUCAGCCAUAUCCUCCUGCAGGCCAACAAUACCCUCCUCCAGGUCAGCAAGGCCAAUAUCAGCAGCAUUCACAAGCCUAUCCACAACAGCCUCCUUACGGCCAGCAAGCCCCCGGACACCAAGCGCCUUACGGGCAACAGCCUCCUCCGGCUCCUUAUGGACAGGGACAGUAUCCUCCCCAUCAAUACGGCGGUCCUCAGCAAGGCCAGCCUCCAUACCCUGGUCAGCAACAACCGCAGCCACCGUACCCAGGUCAACAAUGGCACCAGCAGCCUGGACAGCAGCAAUAUAGUGGGCCGCCAGUAAACGUUCCUCCAACGCCAGCAUCGCCAGGUUAUGACCCAGCCCAAAAGGCAUGGGUCAAGCCUGUAGACACCGCAGCAGACGUGGAGGCUCUCCGAAAGGCCAUGAAGGGAAUGGGCUGUGAUGAAAAGGCUCUGAUUCGUGUUCUCGUCAGCCCCAAAUACGCUGAUCCAUGGACUAUGGCCCAGCUAGUCCGGGACUACAAUAGCCGUUUCAUGCGCGAUCUCGCAAAGGACAUCGAAAGCGAGACCCGUGGCGACUUUGAGACAUGUCUUCUCGCUCUGAUUCGCGGGCCAUUGGAGAAUGACGUUCAAAAUCUGUCAAAGGCUCUCAACCGCGCUGGCACCGAUGAAGAUGCGUUGAACGAUGUUCUUCUCUGCCGCUCAAAUGCAGAUAUUCGUGCUAUUACAGCCGAGUACAAGCGUUUCCGAGGCAAAGACCUUCUGGUCGAUAUCAAGGAGGAUGUCGACGAUACCCUCUACCGACUCUACAGCAUGGUUCUUGCCGCCAGGCGAGCGGAGGAUAAUGCUCCAGUGAUUCCUCACGAGAUUGACCAGAAGAUUACAGAACUGCAGAGGGCCACUGAGGGUACAAUCGGUGCCAACGCUGUUUCUGUAGCCCAAAUAUUCACCAGCAGCAACGACGCCCAAGUUCGUGCAAUGAACGAUGCAUAUCAACACAAAUAUCACCGCAGUCUUGAGAGUGUUAUUGAGAAGGAGUUCCGCGGUGACAUGGAAGACGUGCUGCUGCGGAUACUAUACCAUGCACAGGAUCGAGCUCGAUCUGAUGCAGGCAGACUCAGUAUGCCACUGAACAAGUCGAUGCGCAAGGACCGUCUCUUCAUCAACAGACUCGUCAGUCUCUACUGGGAUCAGGGGCGCUUAUAUCAGACAAAGCAGGCGUAUAAGCCAGUGACUGGUGCUACGUUGAGUGGGAAUAUCAAGUCGGUGCUGAGCGGUGACUACAAGGACUUUGCUCUGGCAUUGAUUGGUGAGAAAUAGGUAUUAUGAAGCAAUGUUGGAUACUCUGUCAAAGGUUGUUUAUUUUGAACAUGCAGUCAGAUUACAAGCCUUGAUCAAGUUAUCUUGUUGUGAUGCAAAGUAUAUACGGGACUUUUAAUAGCUUAAGUCCUUGGUUGCGAAUGCGAUACGUGAAUAUAAUAAAGGCUUACCUGCGGCCGAGAAGUGCAAUGCUCACAACCCUUCAACAAUCUGUGGAGCACCAGAUGGAAGGCACAUAUCAAUGUCAGUGUUGGAAAUGCGUCCCCCUCCAAGAAUGUCAGGACUCACUAUGAGUGGCUUGUAAUAAGUCACAAUGUUCGGCCCCCUUGCGAAUCUCGCCUGAUUUCUAUCGUCUUUAGUCCAUAUUACUCUUUAAUUUCUCUGGCCACCUGGUGAGAUGACCUGGUUGUCUGAGCUGACACAUAAUGGUGGUCUACCAUGUUGGUGGCAUGAUGUAUCAAAGGUUGCACGUUAGGGACAGAUAUACGGUCUUGAAGCGCCACAACAGACUGCUAGCAAAUUACGAGCGAGAAUACCCAAAACAUGUGCUGACGAGAGAUUAUUUGCACUUUCAGUCGCAUGAGAGCCUGCUUUCGGUCGUAUUAAGAAAUCAGGCUGGCGGUUAAGACUUUGGUACUUAAUCCCCGUCUCUCGCGUCCUCCUUCUUUCUCUGUAUCUUCCUUCUUUUCUUGCCCUUUAGCGUCUUUUAGCAUCUCACGUUGAAAUAUCGUUCAGGUAAACCGACACAAUGCACAAUCCGUACUCACAGGUUUGCGCUAUCCCUCAGUGCAACAGACCACGCAAACACUUCACCACUAAGAUCUCGCCAUGGUGCCAAUACCAUGUUUGCCCUACGUGUACAGGCCGUUCGAAGCGAGCAGCGUAUCGAGCCUGCUUUGUUUGCAAUCCUCCACCACGCGACGACGACUGCUGCAUUGUGAUGUAGCGUCAUUAUGGUACGACUGAAGCAGAAGCACUAUGUUUCUUUGCAGACCUCAGUUUCACAUGGCGACAGGGAGCUAGAACAGAGUUCUUCGCUUUGUAGACAUUAUUAUAUUAUUAGCAUGCGUUGGCCGGUCAUUGUGACUUCCUAUCAAGUGGAUAAGCUGGUGAUACAGCGUCAGCAUACUCACCGGUCCAGCCUACAUGGUCCUGGCAUACAUGUUGAGGCUACCAUAUCAAUGCAACAGCGCCUUUUGAGAUAAUGAUUGAAUGCUUUACGGUGUGACCUCCACG